AUGGCCGGGGGGCCGUCUAGGGAAAAUUUGGUGGAAAAACUGAAAAAUCAGGGGAUUCGCUUCGUGACGACGAUCGACGACGUCGAGAGUCUAAUCAAAGAGCGGGAAACCCGACGAAGACCACGACGUCUUCAUGAUGAUGUCGAUACGCCAUAUUAUGAUUUUACGAGAUAUGGAAGCUACGCCCAGAUGGUGUCAUGGAUGCGAGCUCUUGCUCGAAAAUACCCAAAAUUAAUCCAGUUUAUCUCGAUCGGGACGAGCCAUGAGGGUCGAUCGAUCGACGGGCUAGAGAUAGGUACAAAAUCUCCUAACAAGAAGCUCUUCUGGGUGGACGGUGGGAUCCACGCGCGAGAAUGGGCCGCCCCUCACACGGCAUUAUACUUUAUUAACCAGCUAAUCUCCCGCGCCGAUGACCCCUCAAUCCGGCCCUACAUCGAAAAGAUCAGCUUCGUCAUCGUCCCCUGUCUCAAUCCAGACGGCUACGAGUUUACGCGCAGCUCAUCAAAUCCACACGUCCGACUGUGGCGCAAAAAUCGCUCAUCGAUCAAGUGCCGUAAAGAUGACUGGGGGCGGAAUCGAUGCUGCCGAGGCGUCGAUUUGAAUCGGAAUUUCGAUUUUCACUUCAGAGAAAGCGGGUCCUCCGACGACCCGUGCCAAGAGAUCUACGAGGGUGAUAGCGCAUUCAGCGAGCCGGAAUCAAGAGCCGUCCGAGAUGCUGUACUUUCGAGAAGGUACCGCGGUCGUAUCGAGGCGUUCAUUACGCUGCAUACCUAUUCUCAGAUUUGGAUCCACCCCUACGGCCACAAGAAGGACAGCUAUCCGGGUGAUAUCCAAGAAUUGUACGACGUCGGCAAGAAGGCUACCCGCGAGCUGGCCAAGCUCUACGGAACCAAGUAUAUUCUUGGCAGCGGCGCCGACACGUUGUACCCCGCUUCCGGUGGUUCGGAAGAUUGGGCGAAGAAGCAUGCGAAGAUCAAGUUUGUGUACCUGCUGGAGUUGAGGCCGGAUGAGAAGAACUGGGACGGCUUCAUCCUGGAGGAGCGCGAGCUGGUCCCAACCGCCAAAGAAACUUGGGCUGGCGUGAGGGUGGUUGCUGAUGCAGUUAUUGCCCGGCUAGGGGCAUCAAACGCUCAGGCCGCCCCGCCCACUCGCGCUCCGGAUCGUUUCCGGUUCGGCAACGGUGAGGAGGGAUCGUGCUGGGACGCCCGGCACGCGUGCAAGAAAUGGGUGGCCGAGAAGGAGGAUCUCUGCAAGACGGUGCCCGUGUUUAUGAGGGAAAAUUGCGCGUAUUCGUGUGGAUAUUGU